GGAGUUGGCCACAGACAGGCGUGCGGCGGCAUCAUCCUCAACAACUGCGCCAUCCUUACCGCUGCUCACUGCACCAUUGGACACACAAUUGCCUGAUGGCGCGCACGUGUGGGAUCCGACUUUGCAAACCGCAAUGGAAUUGAAAUUAAUACUGCACAAAUCAUCAACCAUCCGAGCUACAACAGGUGGACUAUUGAUAACGAUAUUGCUGUUCUCCGCAUGGCGUCCACCAUUCCCAUAGGUUCAAAUACUGUUCAGGCUGGCAGAAUCGCUGGUGUCAACUAUAAACUUGGUGAUGGCCAAGUUGUGUGGGCCACUGGAUGGGUUACGCCACGUGCAAAUCUGGACCAUCAACCAGGCUAUUUGCAGACAGCGCUACGCUACUGUAGGCGGCUCUAUCACUGACAACAUGCUGUGCUCCGGCUGGCUGGACGUAGGCGGUCGCGACCAGUGCCAGGGUGACUCCGGUGCUCCUCUCUACCACAACGGAGUGGUCGUCAGUGUCUGCUCCUGGGGCCGCGACUGUGCCGAUCCAUUCUUCCCUGGUGUCAACGCCCGUGUAUCUCGAUUCACCGGCUGGAUUCAAAACUACGCUUAAAAUGCUUUUACUUCAUGUUACGACUAAUAAAUUGCAAGUUUCUUAAUAAAAAAAUUGCUUUAAAAACUGUGUUUUUAGCUUAGGUAGCAAAUGCGUUAAAACGGCUGAUACAAUACAAUUUAAUUAAACAAAUUGAUAGAACAUAGCAAAUUGAACACUGUCUGUAAGUUGAAAUUAUCAGACUUCAGGAGACGCUUCAGUAUGACACCAAUGUUAAACUGUUCUCGUGCUAUGGAGAAAUAAUAAUUAUGCCAUUAUUGUAACAACCUGACCUACAAAGUCACUAAGAGUCCCUUAGUUGUAUGACCUCGUAUGUGGUUAAUGUAAUUUUGUGUAUUAUUUUUUUUGUUAAAUGCUGGGAGGUUUAUUAUAAUUAAUUAUUUCUAAAAUGAAAAAU